AUGCAGGUAAAGAGAUCGAUUAUGCUCAAGAUGGCGGACGCGUGCGCCGACACUUCCAAGCAGACUCGUUUCCACGAGAUGCACGUGCAACGUCACAACAACGUUAGCAUUCUGUACGCGGAUAUAGUUAACUUCACCCCCCUUUCGGAAAGACUGACUGCUUCCGAUUUAGUGAAGACCCUCAACGCGCUCUUUGGACGAUUUGAUCAGAUCGCUCAGGAGAAUCAGUGCAUGAGGAUAAAGAUCCUCGGUGACUGCUACUACUGCGUGUCGGGGCUGCCAGUGUCCAGGCCUAAUCAUGCGUACAACUGCGUCAACAUGGGCUUACAGAUGAUCGACGCCAUACGAUUUGUACGUGAGGCCACUGGUUUCAACGUGGACAUGCGGAUUGGAAUUCAUACGGGUAAUGUGCUAUGUGGAGUGCUGGGUCUUCGCAAGUGGCAGUUUGAUGUUUGGAGCGAUGACGUCACACUUGCCAAUCACAUGGAGUCAGGUGGAAUCGCUGGUCGUGUCCACAUCACUAAAGCGACGAUGUUGCAGCUGGGAGGCAGAUUUGAUGUGGAGCCAGGAGAUGGUGCAUCUCGUGAAGGAUACCUAGCGGAUCAUAAAGUGGAAACUUUUCUCAUUGUACCGCCCAAGAAACCUUCAGGAAUAUCAGAAAAUGGUCGUCUUUCUGUUUGUACCAUUGACCGGAAAGGAAGUAUCGUUUCAUCAUUGUUCCAAGAUGUAUCGCCAACUAAAACAAGAGACAACGUGAGUCCAGCACCGUCACAGCACAGCUUUGUAGAGCAAGAAACUACAAAAGUCUUGAGAACUGAAUCACUACGCAAUCCCGGAGAUGUAAGCAGAAGAGCUUCCAUUAAAGUGGAGGGACCAAAAAUUGUGGCGUUCGAAAACAGUAACAGUGCAAAUCCAGGGGAAGGACAUAACAAUGGAGUGGUGGUAAGCACCAAGCCAAAGAGUCGAAGUGGUUCUAUCAUUGGAGCUAUAAGCCCUAGCAUGGGCACAGCUACACCGGGCGUACCAACAAGAUCUCGUCCAUCCAGUAAGAUGACAAAAUACGUAGAAUGCUGGGGUGCAGACAAACCCUUUGCAAAUAUAACAGAUUCAACUUUAGCUAAGAAUAUAGGCAUAUCGAGCCUCGCAAUGAUAGAGCAAAAUCUCCUGCCACAGCGGACUUGCUGCGACUGUGGGAACAGUUCCGAAGGCAUGAACCGAAUUACAUUAUGGUUUAAGAACAGUGACCAGGAAAGACAGUAUCGUGAUCAGAGCGAUGCUCAAUUCAAGUACAACGUAGCUUGUGCUGGCGCCUUAUUUACGUUGUUGACAUUUAUACAACUACUGACCGUUCCCAAAAGUAUAGUAUUAUACGCGUCUUUUGGUCCCACAUUCCUGACGCUUUUGGUGUUUAUGUAUUUAUCUUGGUGUGAUGGCCGAUUGCCUGUGCGAGAUUUGAGCUUACUGUCCGAUGUGCCUCGCUUAGCUGAUGACUACGCUGACAACUGUUACAAGCCUGGACAGGUAGUAGCCCAUAACUGUUACAUCAGGUUAACCAUGUUUCUAGUGACAAUACUUCUGAUAGGAUCUUGUGCGGUUAUUAACAUGUUUCAGACGUUCCUGAUUCAAGAAUUUCCGGAACAAGUCUGGAGCACGAGUAAUAGUUCGGAUUCAGAAAACAUAACUGGUGUUCCAAUAUUUGCUGACGUGGAUUCAGCGCCUACUUUCAUAUACAGUUCCGUCCUGACCCUGGCUUCAAUAUCGGUGUUCCUCCGCGUAGGUUUCGUGCUGAAGCUGUUUCUUAUGAUACUGACACUGGUGUCUCAUAUAGCACUCUUUGCUUCCGCUGAACUCUUCAAUCAAUAUCAAAAAGGGGAACUGGAUACUGAAUUCUCAAUGCUACCCUACUCGGCUAAAGCUGGCUUGGUGUUGGUGUUCUUAGGAGCGUUGCUUCACAUUCUCGAUCGACAGAUAGAGUUCACAUCCAGGACGGAUUUCCUCUGGAAGGAUAAACUUAAGUUUGAGCAAGAAGAGGUGGAAACUAUGAGAGGGAUAAACAAGAUCCUUCUGGAGAACAUUCUGCCUGCACACGUUGCCGAGCAUUUCCUUACUUCUUUUGCGUCGGAGGAAGAUCUAUACCACGAGCGGUACUCUAGCAUCGCGGUUAUGUUCGCGUCGAUUCCCAACUACAAGGAGUUCUACGACGAGACUGAUGUCAACAAGCAGGGCCUCGAGUGUCUUCGUUUACUCAACGAGAUCAUCUGUGACUUUGAUAAGUUGCUACUGAAGCCGAAAUUCAGCUGCAUAGAGAAGAUAAAAACUAUUGGCAGCACUUACAUGAUCGCGUCAGGACUUAGACCUGGAAAAGAGGAACAAUUGGAUGCAAAUACGAAAGAGGAACAUACGGUGGGGAUUCUUGUCGAGUUCGCGAUAGCCCUGAUGACCAUACUAGACCAAAUAAACAGGGAAUCUUUCCAGAGGUUCAAAUUAAGAGUAGGUCUGAACCACGGGCCGGUGAUUGCGGGCGUGGUGGGCGCUCAGAAACCGCAGUACGACAUCUGGGGGAACACCGUCAACGUCGCCUCGCGCAUGGACUCCACCGGCCUCAUGGGCAGGAUACAAGUCACCGAAGAUACCGCCAAGGUCCUCAUGAACGUUGGCUACACAUGCGAAUGCAGGGGCCCCACAUAUGUCAAAGGAAAGGGAACAUUAACUACAUACUUCGUGAAAACGCCUAAUUACGGCAGUGGCACAUAA